CCACAUUCUCAAUAUCACAAUUCAAUUAAGCACUUAAAAUUUUUUUAAAGGAAAAAAUUCCAGCUAGCUAUAGCUAGGUUCUUCUCAUCACUUGUCGAAUUCGGUCUUCAUUCAUUGCAAGUAUGACGCAAAAGAUUGUUAUAAAGGUUUCAUGCAAUAACAAAUGCAGAAGGGCUACUUCUACUUGUGGUAAAUGCAAAAGCAAGAUCCUCAAAGUUGCGGCGGUUGAACCGGGUGUGAGUUCAUUAGGGUUAGAAGGGGCAGAUAAAGAUGAAUUGGUGGUCAUUGGAAAUGGGGUGGAUCCAGUUUGUUUGGCCAAGGCUUUGAGAAAGAAAUUCAACGUUGCACAAAUCAUAAAGGUUGAAGAAAUUAAGGAAGACAAAAAAGAUGAAAAAAAAGAUUCGUUGCCGCCGUGGUCUUAUGCUCCCGGCUACUACUGUCCACCGUAUCCCCAGAGCGUAGUUUAUGAAAACCCAUAUGGCAGUCAAUGCAUCAUCAUGUGAGAAUUAAACUAUAGAUUUGAAUUCUCUAAAGUUUGAAUUUCAUUUUAGAGAGUAAAGUAUGAUCUUCUAUUCUUGAAUAGUUUCUCUUUCAUAUUUAUUAUUAGUCCCACUUAUAAAAUUAAUGGUGAGAGAUCACACUUUACUCUCUAAAGUGAAAUUCAAACUUUAGAGGAUCCAAAUCCUUAAACUAUAUAUAUGCUAUAUGUAUAUGUUUUGGUGAAAAUUCAUGUACAGUUGACUUUACGUAAAGUUGAUAACUAAGAAUUUUUAAAUGAUUUGACUGAUUUAACUAAAUUUUCAUCUAACGAUUCUCAGUUAUCAACUUCACGUGAAGUCGACUGCAUCUGAAUUUUCACCAUAUGUUUUUUGUUUUUCAAAAACAAAAAGCUUUUACUAUCUUGAAUUUCUUAAUCUUCAAUAUUAUUGUCUUCUUCUAAUUAUGACUUAUGAAUUUA